GGUUUAGGGAUGAAGAGCGCGAGUGUCUGCGCAGUGCAACCUCUCUCAGCAGUGACCACCAUGCCUAUGGCAUAUUCCGGCGUAUUUCAGGGCUUCAUCAGAUUCAAAACCAUGUCGCGGCUUCGCUGCACUCCUCUCAGACCUUAUUUUUCAUCCAUUUCCACCACUCCUCUUCACCGCACCGCCAUUCGCCUCCGCUCCUCCUCCAACGCGCUUCAAGUUGUCAACGUCACGCGCCCGAGGACCGUCGCGCGCCAGGGGACCGUUACGUUGCCGUUUUGGCACCAGCGAAGCUCCAGCUACGGCCGUUUUGCGUACCAGGACGUGUCCAGUGACGAUUCCGAUGUCGAAUUUGCGUCUUAUCCCUCUCACAGCCAACAAGUGGGGGAUUCAACGCUCGAGAACAUUGACGAGUGGAGAUGGAAGCUGACCAUGCUUAUGCGCUCCAAAGACGAACAAGAAGUGGUGUCCAGAGAGAAGAAGGACCGUCGCGAUUUCGAGCAGCUUUCCACUUUAGCUACCAGGAUGGGUUUGUAUAGCCGGCAAUAUGCAAGAGUUGUUGUGUUUAGCAAGGCGCCUUUGCCAAAUUACCGCCCUGAUUUGGAUGAUAAACGCCCGCAGAGAGAGGUAGUCUUACCAUUUGACGUUCAUAAAGAAGUAGAUGCUCGUCUCCAUGCCCAUCUUUCACAAAAGGCUACUGCAAGCAAGUGGAGUUAUUUGAAUGAUUCAUUGCAUAAAUCAAGUGAUGCUAUAAGCAUUCCAGCCAAUGAAGGAAUGCAUGAACAGCCAGAGCCCUUGACUCAUAAUAGUGUUGUCAAGGAGAAAAUCCUGCAACGAAGAAGUUUGCAACUGCGUCAUCGGCAACAAGAUUGGCAGGAGUCUCAUGAAGGGCAAAAGAUGCUCGAAUUUCGCAGAAGUCUUCCCGCGUUCAAAGAGAAGGAUGCAUUUUUGAGACUUAUUUCAGAGAAUCAGGUCGUUGUUGUCUCAGGUGAAACUGGUUGUGGUAAGACCACACAACUUCCUCAAUACAUAUUAGAAUCUGAGACUGAGGCUGCCCGCGGAGCUGUAUGUAACAUAAUUUGUACUCAGCCCAGAAGAAUAUCUGCUAUGUCUGUUUCUGAAAGAGUUGCAGCAGAACGUGGGGAGAAGUUAGGAGAAUCUGUUGGAUACAAAGUUCGCUUGGAGGGUUUGAAAGGGAGAGAUACCCGUCUUCUGUUUUGCACCACUGGCGUAUUAUUGCGGAGACUGCUUGUGGAUAGGAAUUUAAAAGGUGUAACUCAUGUUAUUGUUGAUGAAAUUCAUGAACGUGGAAUGAAUGAAGAUUUUCUUCUCAUUGUCCUGAAGGAAAUUCUCCCUCAUCGUCCUGAUUUGAGAUUGGUUUUGAUGAGUGCAACCUUAAAUGCUGAGCUUUUUUCUUCAUACUUUAAUGGUGCUCCAACUAUGCAUAUUCCUGGCUUUACAUUUCCAGUUCGAGCACAUUUUCUUGAGGAUAUUCUGGAAAGAACUAGACAUCGGUUGACACCUUAUAAUCAAAUUGAUGACUAUGGUCAAGAAAAAACAUGGAAAAUGCAGAAACAAGCUCAAGCUUUCAGAAAAAGAAAGAGCCAAAUUGCUUCUGCUGUUGAGGAUGCUUUAGAAGUUGCGGACUUUAAGGGAUAUAGCCUGCACACCCAAGAUUCAUUGUCCUGUUGGUGCCCUGAUUCAAUUGGUUUUAACCUUAUUGAACAUGUGCUUUGUCACAUUGUUAAGAAUGAAAGGCCAGGAGCUGUUUUGGUUUUUAUGACUGGUUGGGAUGAUAUAAACUCUUUGAAGGAUCAACUUCAAGGUCAUCCUUUGUUGGGUGAUCCGAGCCGAGUAUUGCUUCUUGCAUGCCAUGGCUCCAUGGCCAGCUCUGAGCAGAGGUUGAUAUUUGAAAAUCCUGAAGGAGGGGUGAGGAAAAUUGUUUUGGCAACUAACAUGGCUGAGACUAGUAUUACCAUCAAUGAUGUUGUCUUUGUGGUUGACUCUGGAAAAGCAAAAGAAACAUCAUAUGACGCAUUAAAUAACACUCCUUGUUUGCUUCCAUCUUGGAUCUCAAAAGCUUCAGCCCGGCAGAGGAGAGGAAGGGCCGGCCGUGUUCAGCCUGGUGAAUGCUACCAUCUUUAUCCCAGAUGUGUUUAUGAUGCUUUUGCUGAUUAUCAAUUGCCAGAGCUUUUGAGAACACCUUUGCAGUCCUUGUGCCUGCAAAUCAAAACUCUACAACUUGGAAGCAUCUCUGAGUUUUUAUCUAAAGCUCUACAGCCACCGGAGCCUCUAUCGGUUGAAAAUGCUGUUGAGUAUUUGAAGAUUAUUGGGGCCUUAGACGGGAAUGAAAAUUUAACAGUUUUAGGGCACAAAUUGGCAAUGCUUCCUGUAGAACCCAAACUUGGCAAGAUGCUCAUUUUAGGAACCAUCUUCAAGUGUUUGGAUCCUAUAAUGACUGUUGUUGCUGGUCUAAGUGUAAGAGAUCCAUUUGUGACGCCAUCUGACAAGAAAGACCUUGCAGAGUCUGCCAAAGCCCAAUUUGCUGCUCGUGACUAUAGUGAUCAUCUUGCACUUGUCCGGGCUUAUGAGGGUUGGAAAGAUGCUGAGACACAGCAGGCUGGUUAUGAGUACUGUUGGCGAAAUUUUCUUUCUUCUCAAACACUUAAGGCCAUUGAGUCUCUUAGAAAGCAAUUCCUUUACUUGCUCAAAGAUAUUGGUCUGGUCAAUGACAAGCCUGAAACCUACAAUGCAUGGAGUCAUGAAAUGCAUCUCAUCCGAGCAGUCAUCUGUGCGGGUUUGUUUCCCGGAAUAUCUUCUGUUAUGAACAAAGAUAAGUCAAUAGCACUGAAGACAAUGGAGGAUGGUCAGGUUCUUUUGUAUUCUAGCUCUGUAAAUGGCUGUGUACCUCGAAUUCCAUACCCAUGGUUAGUGUUUAAUGAAAAGGUGAAAGUGAAUUCAGUAUUCCUCAGAGAUUCAACUGGUAUAUCUGAUUCGGUGCUUCUCUUGUUUGGUGGGAAUGUAUCCAGAGGUGGACUAGAUGGUCACCUGAAAAUGUUGGGGGGCUAUUUGGAGUUUUUCAUGAAACCAGAAUUAGCCAAGACUUACUUGAGCUUAAAGAUGGAACUGGAAGAAUUGAUACAGAAAAAGCUUCUGGAUCCCAAGCAGGAAACACAAUCGCAUAGUCAGCUUCUUUCAGCUGUCAGAUUGUUGGUUUCAGAAGACCAUUGUGAUGGUAGGUUUGUCUUUGGUCGCCAAGUUCUAUCACAGGUAAAGAAGGAAACAAACUCCAAAAGUGGAGUCGAGGCUGAAAAUUUUAAAAAUCAACUUCAGUCAUUUCUUAACAGGGCUGGACAUGACUCACCAACUUACAAAACAACGCAGCUGAAAAACAGCCAAUUCCGUUCUACUGUCAUAUUUAAUGGGUUGAAUUUUGUUGGUAAGCCUUGCGGCAGCAAGAAAUUAGCAGAAAAAUCUGCUGCUGCUGAGGCUCUUCUAUGGUUGAAAGGGGAUAGCCAUUCAUCUGAUGGUAUUGACCAUGCAUCAGUUCUUUUGAAGAAGAGCAACAAGAAAAGUAGGAAGAAAUCGUUUAGUGGCGCUAAGUGGAGUUGAGCUGCCUUUAAAAGGGUACCUUGGAUGGAUUUGUUAAUAGGAUUAUAUACCGAGGAAGAACUUGUCCAUUUGAAGGCUAUGGUGCAAUUGAUCCAUGGAUCUUUCCAGUCAUAAUUUCAAUAGUGAAUGUACAGAGCAAUUGAGAAAACUUGAGUAUGACAGGUACAGAUCAGAGCCCGUGUUUUUGUAAAGGGUGAUUGCAUCCAGUCUAUCUAGAAUUGGGGCACAAUUCUACACCAGCAUGUCCACAAGACUGACCAGCUUUCGGAGCUUUCAUAUAUAGUAAGCAGCAACAAUUGUAUCCAUAUGGUGAUGAUGCAUUCUUUUUGCACGGCUGUUGCGGUGGAUUCAAACGCAACAAUUCAUUGGGGGACAACUGAUUUUCCAUAUUUAAGACCCAUCAUUUAAUUGAAGAACAUGUGUACUAUAUUAGGAAUGUGUCUAAGAUAGAUGUGGUAGUUGCUCAGGGAACCGAAUUAAGUUAAUCAAAUUUGCUGAUUAGGAAUGUGUUUAAGAUGAGUUAUACUCUUAAAAGCCUAUCAUGAGGCUUGGUAAUUGCUACACCUGAGAUGGAUUUUUUUUCCUGCAGACAUUGUAAACUGUGAGAGGUAAGUUAGUACGAAUCAAUUUUGAUUUACUAACCUCUGAUUAGAAAAUCAAAGAAUGAAUAAGUUGUAUAAUUUUAGAACCUAAAACAAUCAACAGCGAUGACUUUAAGAC